UAUUCUCAAACUUCUCUCUUGCUUAUACCAUUAUAUAUAUUAAAUGCAUCGUUCUUAUUCUAUGUAUAUUAUUAUUUGUAUCUCUCUUCAGGACGCCUAGCUUUUGUUGUAGCUGCAGCUUUUUUCUCGUCUCAUCACCAGCUUAAGUUUGAGUAUUUUAGGUUUUUGAGAUGGAUAAUAACUCCGGGGGGAAUUCUAUUGGCGGAGUUAUCAGCUAUGGGAAGGAGGAGGAGGAGGAGAGUGGGUGGACUGUGUAUUUUGAUGAGCUGUUUGAUGGUGAUGAUGAUGGAAGAUACAAUGAAGAGAUCAACAGCUGUUUUUCUCUGAGUGUUGAAAGCUCUUUGAUAUCUGAUGCUGCUUCAUCUUCAGUACUUGUGAAGAAAGCUGCUGCCCUUCAUCAUCAACAACACGAUGCUCAUAAUCGUAAUAAAAAAAUAUCAAUCAUGAGCUCCAAGAAAAGAAAAACCAAAGUCGCUGAUAAUGAUUUGGAGGAUACUGCUAGUUCUCCCGUUAACAGCCCCGAGAUUUACAGUCUGAUGAACCAGCUGGAGAGACAGCCUGCAGAAACAAAAGAUGCCGUGGACAUUUCUCAGGAGAAAGGAAGCACUUCUGCUCAGCGAGAUGGGAAAGCAGAUAAUAAUAACAACAAUAAUAAAGUAGAAGAGGAAUCGGAACUGAAGAAGAGGGGUCUUUGCUUAGUUCCUUUAUCAAUGUUAGUGAAAUACAUAGGCUGAUGACUUGAUUUUCAAUCUAUGAUUUUAUGAAUAUCAAUCCAUGAAAUCAUUAAGAAUUAUUAAUUGUAACUCUAUAUAUAUAUAUUGCAUGAACUAAAAUAUGUUCUUGUAUAUAAAGUGAUGUAUAUUAUUCUGUCA